AUGAUCGCGACUGGCGGUCUCCUGCGGAUCAACGCCCGGCGACAGGACUCACUGAGGUCCAAACCACACAAACCACACUCACACAAGAGGAAGAACAAGAAGAAGAGGAGGAGCGAGGUGGUGGUGGUGAAGGGGAAGUUGAAGUUAUGCUCUGUCUCGGGUCUCGUGGCGGCGCUCGGUAUUGUGGUCCUGCUGGUGGGCGUGGUCAUGGCGGCUCUGGGCUACUGGCCUCGAGACGGACUGUUCUUCAGCACUCAGCCGCCGGAGGCUGCUGCGAUGGCCUCAGUAUCAUCCAUGAGCUCCACACCUGCUCCUGCUGACUCUCAGGGAGGAGAGACGGGGGAGGAACUCCGAGGAGGUGAGGGAGACGACAGAGGGAAAGGAGAGGAUGAAGAUGAAGGAGGAGGAGGCGAUGAGAAUUUUAACUGGACAGAAGCUGUCAACGGGACGACCCGACAAGUUCCACGAGGCUUUCUGGAGAAUUUUCUGGACAGGUAUCUGUACUCUGAUAGGCUGAAGGUCUUUGGUCCUCUCAUCAUGGGAAUUGGUAUUUUCCUCUUCAUCUGCGCGAACGCCGUCCUGCACGAGAACCGGGACAAGAAGACAAAGGUCAUCAAUCUGCGGGACAUUUACUCCACCGUCAUCGACCUCCACAGUCUCCGCAGACCCAACACCACCUCCUCCUGCUCCUUCCGCCAUUCCUCGGCCAAUCCCCUCAAUGGUCUCGUUAACUACGUCCAAUCGAAGAGCCUGGAGUCCAGACACAGGGCUUACCCCGCCUCACUGCUAACCAAGAGGGAGGAAGGGGGAGGAGAGGCAGGAGGUGGGGUGUUGUCAAGGCAACAGCUGUGUGGCAGCAGUAGAGGAGGAGGUGGGGGCAGUGAUGGAGGAGGAGACACAGUGUUCAGUAUCUACAAGGAGCAGCCAGAUGUUCCUCUGACCCCCAUCUUCUCCUCCUCCCACAGACUAUCCCCCCCCCCCAGCUUCAGCCCGCCUCCCCUCCUCACCUGCUGGACCUCCCUGCAGAGGGAGGAGCUCAGCUCCUUCACCUUACCCCUGCGCCACCCACGGCCCCCCACCCCCCGUCGGAGGCACUCAGCUUGGGCCAGGAUGGGCCGGGGAUGGGGGGAGGGAGGAGGAGGAGAGGAAGUACAGAAUGAACGUCCACCACCUCCUCUGUGUACCUCCACUCCACCCCCACCCAGACCCUUCCAGGAGGUGCCAUCAGGUUCUUACAGCUCCUCCAGCCUCCACAGGGAGGCAGUGGUGGGCUCCCAGGCCCUGACGCAGAGCCUCCCGACCCGCAGCAUCAAUCCCGGUUACAGCAAACUGAUGCACGGAGAAGAUGAAUCAUUUGAAUCGACUGAGAUUACAUCAUCACCUCAGACAGCACAGGUGGGGGGUCAGAGGUCAGAGGAAGUGACAUCAAGGAGGAGGUACUCGAACAGGGAGAAGCUGAGGAUGAUCUCACAGAUGGAUCCUGGUCUGAGGCAGGAGGAGGAGGGCUGA